AACAAGAAUGCACACCACACACGCGAAGUGGGAAAAGACUUCAGAUCUCUCUCUGCGAUUGAAGACACAACUCCUACUGAGAAUAACCUAACUCUGCUGAUAAAGCGACUACACAAGAUGAAGUUCCUGCUGGCUUUCGUGCUCGCGACCACCCUCACUUUAGUUUGGGCUAAAGCGUCAUUCGAGGAAGAUUUUAUGGAAGAACUCUUGAAUGGUGAGUUUUAUUCAUUUCAUAUUUAUGAGCUAAUUACCAGGAAACCGAGCUGAGAUUUCAUCCCAGUUUAAGCUGAAAUUCCCCGCAAAUGCAAUGCAUGACUAAAUAUGCUUAUGACUAAUGUGACUUCAUUGCCUUUAUGUGUGCGAGACCAAACUGACCACAAUCUUGGACAUAACCCUUGAGACCAUUCCACGUUAAUGUUGCAAAGUUAAUCGGCACAUUAUGAAACCAAAUUUCAUCGCCCCCUCCCCCCUGUUCAAAGUCGAAACAACGUUUGGUAAUUUACCACGACACAAGCUUAACAUUGAGUUGGGGGGACAGGGGUUUAAGAAGCGCAACAUGGAAUUUAAGAUAAGGGGCAUGCGAAUUUGUAUAUAGAGGAAAAAUAGUCUCAACCAGUUAUGUCAAAGAGUGUAGCUCGAAUAGCAUUUCUGAAAAGGUGUCUCGGUUUCAUGUGGAUUUGGCCUGAUAUUAUACACAAAUAAUAAACCUCUGUCAUUUAUUUUCCCUUACCAGAUUAUACGCCAAAAUGCAAUAAUGAGGCCUAUGACAGAACGACCCAUGGAUGCUGCUGGUCUCAACUGUAUGACCGAAGCACUCAAUACUGCUGCAACGGUGGCAAACAGAACAAGACUGCCGAGCAAAAUGCUUGUUGCGGAACAAGUAACUAUAACAAGAACACUCAUAUUUGUUGCAAAGGAAAUCUAGAAUCGAACGAGGAUGGAAUCAAGAAAUGCUGUAGUAAAACAACUUAUAACUCGAACAGCCAAAUGUGUUGCGAAGGAAAAGUUCAUGAAAGCGAAGGGCGAAAAUGUUGCGGGAAGGAGUCUUACAACAAGAAGACGGAGCGUUGUUGUAAAAACAAAAAUGUAUAUGAUCGUUCAAGCGAGUAUUGUUGUGGGGGUGAAGUUUUACAACGUAAGGGCGAUACAGGCUGUUGCUGGUAUAAACCUUACAACCGCAACACACAAUACUGCUGCAACGGUGGUAUACAGGAGAAGACUGCCCAGCAAAAUGCUUGUUGCGGAAAAAGUAAUUAUAACAAGGACACUCACAUCUGUUGCAAAGGAAACCUAGAAUCGAACGAGGAUGGUAGCAAGAAAUGCUGUAGUAAAACAACUUAUAACACGACAAGCCAAAUGUGUUGCGAAGGAAGAGUUCAUGAAAGCGAAGGGCGAAAAUGUUGUGGGAAGGAGUCUUACAACAAGAAGACGGAGCGAUGUUGUAAAAACAAAAAUGUCUAUGAUCGAUCAAGCGAGUCUUGUUGCGGAGGUGAGGUUUUACAACGUAACGGCGAUACAGGCUGCUGCUGGUAUAAACCUUACAACCGUAACUCACAAUACUGCUGCGACGGUGGAAUUCAUGACAAAACGGAUGACGUGAAUGCUUGCUGCGGUACGAAAGGGUACGAUGCUGAUACAGAUAUCUGCUGCAAAGGAAAUCUAUAUUCCAAUGCAGAUGAAAACAAGAGUUGCUGUAAAGAUAAAGCUUAUGACACUGAGGACGAAACUUGUUGCGAAGGAACUGUUCACGAUGGCUUGAAGGAGUGCUGUGGGAAGGCGUCGUAUAGUGAAGAAAGCCAAGGUUGUUGUGGUCGAGUUGUCUAUGCUCUUCAAACAGACAAAUGCUGUGAUGGUAAAGUUGUCGCUAUCGGUGAAGAAACUUGUUAGAUUUGUUUAGAUGGUUUGAUUUGUUGGUACUGGUGCAUGGUUAUAUUAGAUAGGACACGAUAACAUAGGAUAACACUAGGGUCGGUUAUGAUAAGAUAGGAUAACACUAGCUAGGACUGGUUAUGAUAACACAGGAUAACCUUGGGAGAUAGGAUUGGAAAAUAGCAUGAUUAGAUAGGACUCAAAGCCAGCAAAUCAGAUCGUAAAAGCAAGCCUUUCAAGACAAUGCAUUUGUUGUUUAGUUUUAGUAAUUCUAGAUCUAGUUUUUUACAUGUCAAGUUCAUUGCAAUACAUUAAUGUAAGAACAAUGUGCUUAAUUGUAUGAACAUUUUUAAUCUAGGCAGAACCUAGAUUUAACUCCUGUUACAAUAUUUUUAUUCUAUUUUGUCGUUAUUUGUAUUUUGACACUGAA